AAUUAGCAGAUAAUAGAAUGGGAAGAAAAAUAUUUAGCAAAGGAUAAUAUAAAUAAUAAUUAAUGUCCGUUAUUCUGAAUCGUUUGUCUCGUCUCCUCCGUCUGCAAUGCAUCCCUAAUCUGAGCAAAAGUAUUUACGCGUUUUGCGUUGCUUAAUUCCUUAUUAUCCAUUCCCUUUUCUCCUUUUCUUUCCUUAUUUAUAUUUCCUUUUCUCACUAUUUUCCUCUCCAAUUUUCCUUCUUUCAUUUCUCUCCAAAUUUUCCCAACAAUGGAGUCCGUCGAUCUUCACGAAACCACCAAUGCCAACCACGUUGACCACGGCUGGCAAAAGGUCUCUUAUCCCAAACGUCAACGCAAGACCAAGCCCAACGCCGAUCCCAACCUCCCCCGUCCUAACGGAACCCUAACUAAUGGCUCCGCCGGCGUUUUCCAUUCCCUCGAGCAACAGUCCGAUGAUCGCCGUCGUCGGAUUGUUGAAGCUCAAAGAGCUUACGCUGCUGCUGCCAUUGAUGCCGAUGCCAAGCAUAAGCCUAAAAGAUCGGUCAUCGAUGAUUCCGACGAUGACGAUGGCAGUGAUCUGGAUGGCCUUAAACCUAACGGGAAGCCAGCAGAUGAGGAGAAGAAGGCGAAGCCGAAGAAGCCUAAGGUUACGGUUGUAGAAGCCGCUGCGAAGAUCGAUCCCACUGAUCUCUCUGCUUAUUUCGCUGAAUGGAAUGGCGAACAGCAAGAAAUUCAAAUGCAGAAGUUUGCGGAUUACUAUGGUAAGGCAUUUCAGCUAGUGGUAGCGGGGCAGUUUCCUUGGUUGAAGCUUUUCAGGGAGAGUACCGUUGCCAAGCUUGCUGAUAUACCACUUUCACAUAUUUCUGAUGCUGUUUAUAAGACCUCAGCUGACUGGAUAAGCCAACGAUCCCUUGAGGCACUUGGUUUCUUUGUAUUAUGGUCUUUAGACAUCAUUCUUGAGGACUUGGCGGCCCAACAAGCAGGUGCUAAGGGCUCCAAAAAAGGUGCGCAACAGACAUCAUUGAAGUCUAAGGUUGGUAUAUUUGUGGCAUUAGCUAUGGUAUUUCAGCGUAAACCUGAUGCUUUAAUUAGUGUAUUGCCAAAGUUGAGAGAAAAUUCCAAAUAUCAAGGACAAGAUAAGCUCCCCAUUUUUGCGUGGACGAUAGUUCAGGCAUCCAAAGGAGAUCUUGCUGUGGGACUGUACUCGUGGGCACAUCUCCUCUUGCCUGUACUUAGUAGCAAAAACUGUAAUCCACAAUCCAGAGAUCUAAUUUUACAACUGGUGGAAUGGAUCUUAUCCGUCUCAAAAGCUCGUUCAAUUUUAGUAAAUAAUGCUGUUAGAAAAGGGGAACGUUUGGUGCCUCCAUCUUCAUUUGAGAUACUGAUGCGAGCUACCUUCCCUGCAUCUUCAUCUAGGGUGAAGGCGACUGAAAGGUUUGAGGCCAUAUAUCCCACAGUAAAGGAAGUUGCACUUGCUGGUGCUCACGGAAGCAAAGCAAUGAGACAAGUGGCUCUUCAGAUGUUCGCCUUUGCUAUCAAAGCAGCAGGAGAAAGCUCUCCUGAGUUAUCCAAAGAGGCAGCUGGAAUAGUCAUAUGGUGUUUGAACCAGAACGCUGAGUGCUACAAGCAGUGGGACAAGGUUUAUCUCGAUAAUCUGGAAGCGAGUGUGAGUGUUCUUAGAAGGCUUUCAGAUGAAUGGAAAGAACACUCCACAAAACUUACUACUCUUGACCCUUUGAGGGAAACCAUCAAGAAUUUUAGGAACAAGAAUGAGAAAGAAAUGGGCAAUGAGUCAGAUGCUGCUACACAGGCACUGUUUCAGGAUGCAGACAAGUACUGUAAGCUUAUAGCUGGAAGACUAUCGCGAGGCCCUGGGUGCCUAAAAGCAUUGGCCUUUCUCGUUGUCGCAUUUGGUGUGGGUGCUGCUGUUGUAGCUCCCAACAUGGAUGAUUGGGACUGGAACAAACUGUAUGUAGUUAUCAGCUCUCAAAUCCCUGUCUAAAGAUUUCGGUUAGGUACUGUCUUUCUCGGUUAAGUGCAUUUUGAUCUGGAGUUUCUAACUGGUAAGGGGAAAAGAAAAAAAGAAGUGUUAUAAUGUGGGAUUUAGGAGAAUAGUGUUGAGAACACAGGCUCUUGUCUUAAAGAAGCGAAGCCUAAGGAUGAGUGAAACCUUAUUGCGAGGAGUUGGGUUUAGAGCAACUACAUGUAUUUCAAGUAAUUAAUAUUCUGAAGACUGUUGUAGAAUUGAAAUAAUUUGAGGAUUAAUCUUUUCAGAAAAUCAAGUUGAUUGGAUUUGUUACUUCUCCA